GACUACGCGUCGCUCCAGCGGUCCACAGCGCUCCAGCCAGCAACUCCAGCCUGAUGCGCCGCUCAAUAGCAAGGUUCGGUACAAGACUUCAUCGAUCGGCAACGUGAGGUCCGAGACCCGAGCCGGCCCUCCUCAGCGCUCAUCUGCAGCACGGCCGACUGCUAUUGUAUACUUUCGAAAAAUCAGGAACACGUAGGCUCAAGCUGCUUGUGUACAAUCUGUUCAGCGUCGAAUCUUGUACCAACAGCCUCGGUGCCACGCCGAGAGAAGUGAAGAUCGAAGUCAGGCGACAAAGAAGCAGCGCGUUUCGACGCAACUCAAGAGCGAGCCCCCAUCGAUCUGUAGGGCUACGUCGGGAUGGCGAACGACAUCAUCGUUAUAUCCUCGUCAGAUGACGAAGACGUCAGAUCAAAAGUGUCAGCACCAUCUAGCAGCCGCGGAUCGCAGUCAAACGCUGUCCCAAGCGGCUCCAAAUCUACUAAACAAGCCUAUCGAGAAGUUAUCAAUUCUGCGACGACGCGAGCUAAGCCAUCACCUGAUCACGAUGCCGCUCGUAAAGCUCGGCUGCUACGUUUCGAUGCUGGUGCACGCGAUACGAAGCCGAGCAUAAGUAACAAUAGCAGCCUCAGUCCCUUGUCCGCUCCGAAUCGGCACACUGGAGGCCAGCCGGAUGCUAGAAUUGACAUACCCCUGUUUGAGCCCAAGGUCAAGUCAAAGGUCAAGAACGAAGACAAGCCCAGCGUCUCAAAGCGCUCGAACGUGGUUUCAGACAACGAGGAUGAGCCAGAACAGACUGUGCUGGCUGAGGUUGAAGCGACGGUCACUUGCCAUGGCUUCAUCGGCCGAGAUCUGCUCGAGCAGGAGCAGGAUCUCAUCAUCAAGAGAGACAUUAAUAAUCGCGCCGAUAAUAAUUCUGUCCUUGUCCUGCUUGAACCUGAUGUACCUCUUGGCUAUCUCAAUCGCGACCUUGCCCAUCGCAUCAAUCUUGUCAAUACUAGCGGUCACUUCGAGCUCAGGGCUAAAGAAAGUGGCCAUGCUAGUAAUCUCAACGCAAACCAGUGCUCCAUCCUAAUAAGUUUUGUCGGCGCACAAGCCGAUGUCUUGUCGCCCUACCUUGCCUGGAUCCGGACUUAUCCCGGCGGCCAGAUAUUUGACCACCAUGUGCGCCCACCGCCGAUGACGAUGCAUGAUCUGCAUAGGGUUCUCAACCGCCAAGCUGCAACGCUGACGGAUGAGAAUGGAGAAGUCAUCGUGCCCGCCAACCCAGAGGAUCUUACCGACAUCUUCAAUGCACCUGGCGAGGAAGAUGCGAACGUGGAAGGCAUCGCUCGAGUCGCACUCUUCGACAAAUUUUUCGCGGCCAAUCGUGAUCUGGGCGAUAUGCCGGAACUCGUCCGUUCGCCCCCUAAGCUCAAGCCCGGUGUCGAGUUGCUCAAGUACCAAUCGCAAGGCGUGCGCUGGAUGACCCAGAUGGAGCAUCCGAAAGUACCCCAAGUGGGCGGAGCGCCAGUUCAGCUAUGGCGCGCGACCGUUGACGACAAAGACCAAGUAUUCUAUAAUUCGAUGGUCGAAAAGACUUGGUGUCAACGCGAACCUCCCACUCUCGGACGAGGCGGCAUUCUCGCAGAUGCGCCUGGCUUGGGCAAGACCAUCCAGAUCCUUAGUCUGAUCACCAACGAGCUUGAUGGUUCAGAUGCGCUGGGCGAACCUCAAGAGAAGGAGCUAGACGACCGCUAUACAGGCGGUACACUCAUCGUCUGUCCGCUGAGCGUCAUCAGCAAUUGGACAAAACAGAUCAGGACUCACGUGAAGAAAGGCACCUUGAAAGUUGGCGUCCACCAUCGCUCGAACGAACGGUACGACCGCAAAGCACUCAAGCGGUUCGACGUGGUCAUUACGACUUAUGAUACUUUAGCAUCCGAGAACGGCCGCAAAAGCGAAAAGACCAAGAAGAAGCACAAGAUCAAGACGGGCGAGGACCUGCAGGAUCAGAAGAAUGGGCCCCUUUUGCGAACACCUUGGCGUCGCGUCGUUCUUGAUGAGGGACAUAUCAUUCGCAAUCAUACGACUCGAAAGCACGAAGCAGCGGUCAUGCUGGUUGCCGAACGUCGCUGGGUGCUGACUGGCACACCCAUCGUCAAUCGAACGGCCGAUACGGGCUCGCUCGUCUCAUUCAUCCGCUCAUGCAAGGCUUUGGACCAGACCCACCUUUGGAACAGACAUAUCGAGCGGCCCGUCAAGAAGGGCCAGCAGUCCGGACGUCGCCUCUUGCAAGCCGUCGUUGAUUCGACGACGCUGCGACGCUCAAAGGAGAUGCGCGACGAGAAUGGCGAGCCCUUUGUACAGCUGCCGAAAAUCCAAUACAUCGAUCACACAGUGACAGUCUCGGACGAGCAUCGCGUGCAAUAUGACAAGCUCGAGGCUUGCUUUCGCGCUGCUUACAAGGUCAUUGUUCAGCGGGAUGACGGCACGCAUCAUCAAAUGCAGAUGCUCAGCUGGCUACUACGACUGCGUCAGGCUACAUGCGAUCCGGCCCUCGUACCUCGCAGCAUGAUAGACGAAGCCAAUGCCGUCGCGCUCGCCGUAGAGCGUGGCGAGCUAGACGAAGGAGACGGCAGUGGGAUAGCAAUUACUGGCGCUCGGCGAAAGGAACUCGUGAAGACCUUGCGCCAGCAACUCGCCGACUAUCCGGAUCUCGACUGCCCAAUCUGCUCAGAUGCUCUGCGCAACGAUAGCCGCGAGCCAACCAUCACUGCCUGUGCUCACAUCUACUGUGCAGCUUGCAUAGAGGAGUGGCUCGAUGCAGCAGCGACGACGGGUCGAGCUCGUGAUUGUCCAACUUGUCGGUGCAAGCUCAGCAAGAACUCCCUGCUCAAAUUGCCUCCCGAUGACGAAGGCGAGGACCCACAGAUCGGCGAAGGCGACAACACUGCCCAGCAAGGCGACGGUAUGAGUGGCAGUAUGCCCUGCAAAGCCAUCGAGCUCGCCAAGAUCCUGACCACCACAGCACACGAUCCGACGAUCAAGUCGCUCGUCUUUUCGCAAUGGACGUCACACCUCGACAUCAUCGAGAAACAGCUCGACAGGAUCAAGAUUGCAUACUGUCGAAUCGAUGGCACUAUGGAUCAGCAGACCCGCGAGCAAACGAUCGAUCUCUUCCAGAGUGAUGACGAAGUCACUGUCAUGCUGCUCUCGCUACAAGUGGGCUCUCUCGGGCUGAAUCUGACAGCUGCUUCGCAGUGCUUUCUCAUGGACCCUUGGUGGGCGUCUGCUAUUGAAACGCAAGCGGUCGACCGCGUGUGGCGCAUCGGACAGACUCGCGAUGUCAAGAUCUUCCACAUGAGGAUGGAAAAUUCGAUCGAGCAGCGUGUUAUCGAAAUCCAGCAACGCAAGGAAGCCAUUGUCAACCAAGCUUUUGCAGGCACUGCCAAUGCCAUCACGAUACAACAGCGACAAACGACGCGUCUACGCGAGAUUGGAGAGCUCUUUGGUAUCACUCGCGAGCAACUCGACGCUAUGCCAAUCGGUGGCCGUCGCCGUAUGCCUGCAGCUAACGAUGACGAUGACGGCGCUGUAGGUCGCGUCGCAGGGCAAGGUCGCACACUCAGCGGCAAUGGUGCCGCCGAACGGGCAACGCGUCGAUCUGACGCAAACGAGAUUCUUCCCGUCCGUAGGGACGACACAAGUGACAAUGAUUGGCUUGUCGAUGACGAUGAUCCAAUCGAAUAUGCCUCUUCAGAGGAAGAGCGACAGGCAGAGAAGGCUCGCAAGCGCAAGCGCAAAGAGAUGCUACGCAAUAAAGACCACAGCGAGACAGAGGAGGAGGAAGAGUCUACGCUUGUUGCUUCGGAUUCGACCAAGUUUGCCAGCAAGAGAAAAGCAAAGGCCAUCGAGUCCGAAGCACAAGAGGCAGAGAACUUGGCCGACCGCAAGGGCAAAGGCAAAGCUGUGGCAUGGCCCCGGCCUCCCCAACGUACCGACACAGACGAGAUCAUGAAACUCAAUGACGACUCUGAUGAGGAGCUGCCAAAUGUAGACGAUCUUCCGCGCCUACGCAGCCUGUCUUCGCAGGCAAGAGCCACUGGCUCUUCUCAAGCCAAAAGCAAUGGUACGACGAAUGGCGCGGCCAACUCAAUCCACUCAAAGAUCGACGAUGACGAGACUGAGACUGAAGACGAAGACUAGAGCACGGCUGAUCUGUUGUCAUGUUGUUUGUUAUGUAAAUGCCCCUGUUCUUGUUCGCGCGCGCGUAGAACGAUGGCGACAUCGCGGAACUCGUCGAACAAUCCCAUCAUGAACUACCUCAAAUUUGAGCAGCUGGCGC